CACGGACACGCUCAUUUGUUUGGAUACCAGACACUGAAACUCAGAAGGGAUGCGAGAUUAACUUCAAGUAUUUGUGACAGAUAUCGUGUCGUUAUUCCUCUCCACCGAACCAAAAAUGUACAUGGGUUUCCGAACAUGGAUUUUACUGCUGGUUUUUCACACACUGACAGUUGCUGUUUGGGCAAGACGAGGGAGGAGAAAUGUCCUUUUCAUAAUUGCAGAUGAUUUGCGGACAUCAUUAGGCUGCUACGGGGACGCUCUCGUAAAAUCACCAAACAUUGAUCAACUGGCAUCCAAAAGCCAGGUUUUUCUCAAUGCAUAUGCACAGCAAUCUGUGUGCGCUCCCAGUCGAACGUCCAUAUUGACGAGUCGUAGACCGGACACCACCAGGCUCUAUGACUUCAAAUCGUACUGGAGAGUUCAUUCUGGAAACUACACCACCAUGCCACAGUACUUUAAAUCUAAAGGCUACUUAACCUUGUCUGUGGGCAAGGUAUUUCAUCCAGCACUUAAAGCCCUGCUCGUCCUGCAAGCUGUGUCUGGAGUUUCAGGGUCCCUGAGAGGAUAUUCACUUGUGUCAGCCAGGGUGCAGACAGCCAUCAACUCGAAGAUGUGUAAAGGAGAGGAUGGGAAACUCCAUGCCAACCUACUGUGUGCAGUGAACGUGACGCAUCAGCCCGGGGGAACCCUCCCCGACAUGGAGAGCACGGACGAGGCCGUGCGGCUUCUGAAGAGUCGGGCCAGCGAUGACAACCCUUUCUUCUUGGCUGUGGGCUUUCACAAACCACACAUCCCCUUUAGGAUACCACAGGAGUACCUGAGUCUGUAUCCCAUUGAGGAAAUCACUGUGGCCCCUGACCCAGAUGUCCCUAAACUCCUUCCACCUGUUGCCUACAACCCCUGGACAGAUGUGAGGAGGAGGGACGAUGUCCAGAAGCUCAACAUUAGCUUCCCCUAUGGACCCAUCCCUAAAGACUUCCAGCUGCGUAUCCGGCAGCACUAUUACGCCGCCGUGUCGUACAUGGACGCUCAGGUCGGGCGGCUGCUCAGCACCCUCGAUGAGCUGCGUUUGUCCGACAGCACGGUGGUGGUGUUCACCUCGGAUCACGGUUGGUCGUUGGGAGAACACGGUGAAUGGGCCAAAUAUUCCAAUUUUGACGUGGCGACGCGAGUCCCCCUUAUGUUCUACGUUCCUGGGGUCACCUCACACCGUAACUGGCGUGGAGAGUCUACCUUUCCUUAUAUUGACGCAUUCAACCAAUCAAAGCACAGCUUUAACAAUGACAAAGUGAUUAAGAACAUGGUGGAGCUGGUGGAUAUUUUCCCGACCGUCUCCUACCUGGCCGGCCUCAGAGCUCCGGAACCCUGUCCUGAUGUUUCCUUCCAGGAGGAGUUGUGUACAGAAGGAGACAACCUGGCCUACACCUUCCGACGCCCAGAGAGAGGAGAGAACGAGGAGGCGGUGUCGUUCAGCCAGUACCCCCGACCCGCCGACACCCCGCAGGAGAACUCUGACCUCCCUGACCUCAAAGACAUAAAGAUCAUGGGCUACUCUCUGCGCACCUGGGACUACAGAUACACUCUGUGGUUGGGCUUCAACCCCAACACGUUCCAGGUGAAUGUCUCAGACGUCCACGCUGGAGAGCUGUACAUGUUGGCGAGCGACCCCGGUCAGGAUAACAACGUCUACAGCGACUGUGACCACAGUGUGAUGAUGACGAAGAUGACCAGACUGCCUCCUACCGUGAGUCUGCAGAUGAGGAUGAAGCUGCAGCUCCUCUACCUCUCAGCAGGGAGGAAGAGGAAGGCGUGAUGACGAGAAUAAAACAACGGAUGGAUGAAUGGAGACGAGCACAAAGGGAAGAUGGAUGGAUGAAAAACAUCUAGAAAGGGAGAUGAGUUAUAUAUUCAUCUUUAAUUAAGGCAGACUUGAUUUCAUGUUAUUUGGUAGCAGUAUUAAUCUCUCAGGUUGAAUUCUUCAGGCUGAUGUUCCUUGCUAAGAACUCGUGUGUUUCUACAUCCAUAUGUUCACAGACACUUCCUCUUCCUGCUGCUAAACACAACUUCCUGUGUCUUUAUUCCUGGGCCUCUUCACACCUGCCACUGACGUCUGUAUUAUCUCAAUGAGUCAAUUGUGAGAAGGAAGUGUCAUAGUUUUGCAUGACUCAAUUAGCAAUUAGAUGUCUGAUUAUCUACAGCAAAUACACAUUUUUUUUUUUUUUUUAAGAU